UUCAGGUACAUCAGCACAAUGUGGUGGUGAUGAAAAGUUUCCCAGAAUGCUGGUUAUUGAAGAAAGGAUGUUGGUAACAAUCUGUAAGGUAAUAUCUUUCUUCUGUGUAAAGCAAAACUUACCCAGAAUAUCCAGAAGAGGGGAAAUAAAAUUAUUGAGAGGAUAGAAAAUAGAAUAAAUGGCCACCCAGAGUAAAUAUAUGAACCAAACCCUUCCUCUGAAAACAACUAUAAAGGCUGGAUAAAAUACAAAAAACAAGCAAACAGGGUUUCAGCUCUCACCGCGAUUGUCGGUGGAGGCAGGGCUUGUGCAGCACCUGGAGUGGGGGUUCUAGAUCCCAGCCGCGAGGUGAAGAUGAGGAACCUGGGGCCAUGAGAGGUGAAAUUAUGUUAUCCAAGUCACACAGCUAAUUAAGUAGCAGAACUGGGAUUAGAACUCAGGUUUCCUGCCUCCCAAGAUUGUUAGAAUGAACCUACAGAAGCAAACACCCAGUGACUUCUUAAAGCAAAUUAUAGGAAGGCCAGUUGUGGUAAAAUUAAAUUCUGGCGUGGAUUAUCAAGGGGUCCUGGCUUGCCUGGAUGGCUACAUGAAUAUAGCCCUGGAGCAGAUGGAAGAAUAUGUAAAUGGACAACUGAAGAAUAAGUAUGGGGAUGCAUUUAUCUGAGGAAACAAUGUGCUGUACCUAAAUACACAGAAGAGAAGGAUGUGAAGACACCAGAGAAGCAAUACUUUUCAUACUUGGAUUUAUUUUGUAUGAAAUGUGUUUUUAAAAGAUUUUUUUAGCUCUUUUGUUACCUAACUUGUUCUGUUUUCAUAAUGGUGACUUUUUUCACUGAUGUGGGGGUAAGAUAAAUGUAUACAGUUGUUGGAUUUAAUUGUAAAGAGUUCUUUCACAUUUAAGUUUCAGUGAUUUUCUUUGACCUCUAUGCCAGUGUAAAGAAGGCAAAAAGAAUUUUCAAAAGAUAGAAAGUCUUUUUUCCUACAAGAUUCUUUAACUUAAAUUUGCUUUGCUUUAUUUGGCUGAUUAAAAUGAUACAUCUAAUGGACUUAUAAUUAAAACUUUUCAGAGGUGUACAACAACAAAAAAACAAAACAACAACAAAAAAAACGAGCAGUCUGAAUGUAUCAGUAACCAAGGCAGCCAGGUUAUAAGCGCUAAAGACGCCAAACAGAAGAGAAGUGCAUUGAAGUGAAAUCCACCAUUUUCUCUGCUUUCUCCCUUAAUACAUUUCUGAUUUGUAGCAGCUGGGAUCAGGGUCUUGUAGUGUAGACAGGAGAGAUGGAUUAGAGAUAGGGUCAGCCAGGAUUGCUGGGAUUUGAGGGACCAGGAUUCCAGAGUAGAGGGAACUAUAGAAACGUGAGCCUGAAAUUCUUCCUACAGUUGGGCAUG